AUGAGUACUUACGAUAAAGAAAAUGGUACAUCUACACAGCAAGUGCUUACCGCACUUGCUGCUAAUAGUGUAUUAUUUGGUGCAUUUAUGACAGGGUUCCUUCUUUUAAGAUUGAAAUUAAAAAGAAUUUAUGAACCUAAAUCUUCAUAUGAUUUGAUUAAUGAAGAAAAGAAACCAGAGCCUUUACCAUCUGGUCUCUGGCAAUGGUUCAUCCCAUUACUGAAAAAAUCUGACAAUUUCAUCAUUCAGCAGGCAGGUUUAGAUGGUUAUCUGUUUUUAAGAUACCUUUUCAUUAUUUUCUCAUACUGUGCUGUCUCAAUGCUUUAUAUUUUCCCAAUUUUGCUUCCUGUCAAUGCAGCAAAUGGUAAUAAUGAAACUGGUCUAAACAUUUUGGCUUACCAAAAUAUCAAGGAUUCAAAACGUUAUUAUGCACAUGUCUUCAUAAGUUGGAUCUUCUUCUGGGGCUUCUUAUUCAUUGUCUAUAGAGAAUUAUACUACUAUAACUCAUUGAGACAAAACGUUUUAUCUUCCAACAGAUAUGCCAAAAAGUUAUCUUCAAAGACAGUAUUGUUCCAAAAUGUGCCAGAUCAAUAUUUAAGUGAAACUGAAUUUACCAAGCUAUUCUCUGGUGUGAAAAAAAUCUGGAUUGCUAGAUCCCCAGUUGGUUUAGAUAAAAAGGUCAAAGAAAGAGAUGACUUGGCCUACAACUUAGAAGGUGUCCUUACUGCAUAUUUACAAAAGGCUAUAAAAAAAAUAAAUAAAAUCAAAAAGAAGGACCCUUCCUAUGGUACUUUAAUACAAGAAUCAACAAUCGAUGAUUUUGUCAAAAAGCCAAAACACAGAGAGAAUAAAUGGAAACUGUUCUUUUCCAAAAAGAUUGACACUUUCGAAUAUUAUAAGAACAUCUUGCCUGAGAAGAAUGAAAAAGUUGCAGAAUUGCAAAGCAAUCAAUUAGAUUCUAAACCGAUCAAUUCAGUUUUCGUCCUUUUCGAAUCUCAAUACCAUGCUCAAAUCGCAUCUCAAGUGUUGACAUAUCAUGGUCCAUUGAAUUUAACUCCUGCUUAUAUUGGUAUUGAUCCAAAGGAUAUCAUAUGGUUUAAUUUAAGAAUGUACCCAGUUGAACGUUUAAUUAGAAAAUCUGCUGCUGUUAUUGCAAUUGUUGUAGUCGUUAUUUUAUGGUCUUUCCCUGUCGCUUUUGUUGGCAUGAUCUCUAAUAUCACAUAUUUGACUAAUAAAUUGCAUUGGCUAAACUUCAUUUAUAAAUUACCAGAUGUUUUAUUGGGUAUCCUAACAUCUUUAGCACCAACUAUUGCAUUGGCUUUAUUAAUGAUGUGUUUGCCAAUUUUCAUUAGAGCAAUGGCGUUUUUUGGUGGUGCUCCAUCACAUCAAAAUGUAGAGAGGUUUACUCAACAAGCUUAUUUUGCAUUCCAAGUUAUCCAAGUUUUCUUAGUUACAACUAUUACAUCUGCUGCUACUUCAACCGUUACUCAAAUUGUUGAAAAUCCUGCUAGUGCAAUGUUCUUGUUAGCUACAAAUUUACCAAAAGCUUCCAACUUUUAUAUUGCUUAUAUUGUUUUACAAGGUAUGGCUGCAUCAUCUGGUAUGCUGCUGCAAUUCGUUCCAUUGUUACUAUAUUAUUUAUUAGGUAACAUACUUGAUAAAACUCCAAGAAAGAAGUUUAAUAGAUUUAAUACUCUUUCAUCAGUUGACUGGGGUACCACUUUCCCAAUCUAUACAAAUUUGGCUGUCAUCGUAUUUUCAUAUGCUAUAAUUUCUCCAAUUAUUCUGUUAUUUGGUGCAUUUGGUUUCUUCUUACUGUGGGUUUCUUACUUAUACAAUUUGAAUUAUGUUUAUCAAGAAGCUCCAGAUUCAAGAGGUGUUCAUUAUCCAAGAGCAUUAUUCCAAACAAUUGUAGGUAUUUACAUUGGUCAAAUUUGUCUAUUGGGUUUGUUUGUCUUUGGUAAAGGUUGGGGACCAAUUGUACUACAAUGUAUUGGUUUAGGUGUAACAUUGUUUAUUCAUUUAAUGUUUAACCAUUGUUUUGAUCAUUUGAUCAAAUUUAUUCCUAUUGACACAAUGAAACCAUUGGAUGGUAAAUCAGAGACAGUAUCAUAUAUUAACUUGGAGAAAGAUCUUGUUAACCCUGAAGAUAGAAUCAAAGAAUUACCAGCAUUUCCAAUUAGAAAAUACCAUUCCAAUAUUAAUAAUGACAGUAAUGAAAGUAAAAAAUUGGAAUAUACCUAUGAGAUCGACAAUAAAACUGAAUAUCCAAACAUGGAGACUUCAGAAAAUAAUAUGUUCCUAAACCCUCUGUUGGCAGAUGGUAACACCACAGAGGUCGCAAUUCCAAGAUUCUGGAAGAGAUUUUUCAAUGUCCACGAAUAUUCCUCUUACAAAGCUGUUAAGACUAGAAUUCCCGAAAUCUACCAUUUACAAGAUCCAAAUGAAAAGACUGACGAUGAUGACAUCGUUCAUGCGUAUGACUACCCUGCUGUUAGUGCAAAAUGCCCUUUCCUAUGGAUUCCAAAAGAUCCAUAUGGGUUCUCUGACGCUUUAAUCGAGGAAUUCCAAGGAAUCAUUAAAAUCUCCAACGAAGGUGCUUAUUUCGAUGACAAAGGUAAUGCUACCUAUGAUUCAAGACCACCAUCUUACGAUGAUCUAAUUGAAGAAGAAGACAUUGUUAACGUUGAAUUUUCCCAUAGAAAAUCGAAAGAUGAUCUAGAUCCUUUCGACGACUCUAAGGAAAUCUUAUCAAGCGAUUCAAAUACAAACUAA